AUGGCUCAGGUAGAGGCAAUACCUUUAAAAGUGGUGACACAGGUCCAAGUUAUUGAGUUCUUGAAAAAGAAUUUGAUACAUAGGUUUGGUUUACCCCAAUCUAUCACUGUCAAUCAAGGUACAGUGUUCAAUGGGGAUGAGAUUAAAGAGUUUGCCAAAGAAUACGACAUUCAGAUAUUAAACUCUUCACCAUAUUAUGCCCAGGCAAAUAGACAAGCCGUGGCAACAAACAAGAUUGUCAAAAAUACUUUAAAGAAAAUGAUUGAAGACAAUCCUAGAGAUUCGCAUAAUCUCUUGUCAGAAGUGCUUUGGGCUUAUAGAAAUUCCAAAAGGAAUAGUACAGGUACAACUCCAUAUGAGUUGGUUUAUGGGCAUGAUGCUGUAUUACCUUUGGAAGUAACAGUGAGAUCCAAUCGAAUGGCCAAGCAUUUGGAUAUUCCUAUGGAUGAAUAUUCAGAGGCACCAUCGAUUGAGUUGCAAGAUUUAGAAGGAAAAAGAAUUGUGGCUUUUAAUCAUUUGGUAGCUCAGUAA